AUGUCCACCUCUAACGAAACAGCCAGUGCUGCAGCUUUCCUCCUCACAGGUUUCCCUGGGUUGGAGAAAAAACAUAUUUGGCUUUCCAUCCCCAUCUGCUCCACUUCCCUCAUAGCCAUCGCAGGAAACUGCACCAUCCUCUUCAUCAUCAAGACAGACGUAACCCUCCACAAGCCCAUGUACUAUUUCCUCUCCAUGCUGGCCCUCUCUGACCUGGGUUUAUCAAUUGCCACUUUGCCCACCAUGCUGAGCGUCCUGUGGUUCAACCACCGCAUUAUCCAUUUCAACAUAUGCCUGAUUCAGAUGUACUUCAUUCAUACUUUCUCCAUCGUUGAGUCAGGUAUUCUGUUGGCCAUGGCCUUUGAUCGUCUGGUGGCCAUCCAGAACCCUCUGAGAUAUACAUCUAUCUUGACCAACAGAAACAUCACCAAGAUAGGGGUGGGGGUUGCCCUUCGGGCUGCCCUUCUUGUCUUUCCAACUGCCAUUCUCCUGAAGAGGCAGAGGUAUGGAAGAGUCAAUGUGCUUUCUUAUUUGUUCUGCUUGCACCAAGAUAUUCUGAACGUGGUGCGUUCCGACAGGAAAAUUAGCAGCAUCUAUGGCUUGAUGGUGGUGAUCUCCUCCAUGGCUCUUGACUCUGUGUUGCUGGUUUUUUCCUAUAUCAUGAUCCUCAAAACCGUGUUGAGCAUUGCCUCCAAGCAGGAGCGCCUUCGGGCCUUGAAUACUUGCAUCUCUCACAUCUGUGCUGUCCUCACUUUCUAUAUCCCAAUGAUUGGCCUCUCUAUGAUCCACCGCUAUGGGAAAAAUGCCCCACCCAUUGUCCACAUCCUCAUGGCCAAUGUGUACCUUCUGGUGCCACCAUUGAUGAAUCCCACUGUGUACAGUGUGAAAACCAAACAAAUCCGAACAAGGAUAAUCAGACAGUUUUGGAAGAGUUAA